CAACACCAAACAAAUGGUCAAUUUUAACACGUGCGGGACUUAUUCUGAAUGCACGCGCGGUAAAUACAAAGAUCUUAUCAAUAUAAAUUAAACGGGCCCGACAGAAGCUCCACCACGGCGCUGUAAAGCUAGAAAAUGAGCCCCAAACAAACCCAUGCUGGGAAAUCUGGAGAAGAUACAGAUCAAGCUCAAUCAGCUCAUUAAAACAGAUUCAAAAGAGACCAAACUCAACACCUCUGACAGCAGUAUAAACAAUAAUUCAAAGGCGUUCAGUUUUCCCACUGGAGUUUUUGCUGGAACUAAAAUCUCUCCUGAGACUUUAGUUCAAACGCUGAAGGUUGAUGAACCAUCCAGUAUGCAGAACAGAAAGGGAUCAUCAGCACCACAAUGAAUGAAGGAGCCGGUGGGCGGCCCAGGGGGCAGCAGAAGCUCUGCAAUCUGGACGUGGAUGAAGAGAAACGCAUGAGUUCGUGUAGCAUGGACGUUAAAGAAAACCGCAACCUGGACAACCUCUCCUCCAAAGAAGUGCUGGGGGUGGGGCCUCACUUAGCCAAUGGGAAUGCUCGGGGAUUGAGCAGGAAGCGCCCAUUGGAGGAGGGCAACAAAGGUCACGGACAUUCCAGAUUCCGGCCCAAGAAGCGCAGGAAACCGCAAGGGCCAGUCUUGCCGAAAAAUGCUCUCAUGCAACUGAACGAAAUCAAACCGGGACUGCAGUACAAACUUCUGUCUCAGACGGGGCCGGUACACGCACCUGUGUUCAUUAUGACCAUCGAGGUUAAUGGACAGUUAUUUGAGGGCUCAGGCCCAACGAAGAAAAAAGCCAAAUUGGAUGCAGCCGAAAAAGCACUACGCUCUUUCGUUCAGUUUCCAAAUGCAUCCGAAGCUCACCUCGCGAUGGGCCGCACGCUGACUGUUAACACAGACUUCACCUCAGAUCAAGCAGAUUUCCCAGACAUGCUAUUUAAUGGAUUUGAGACACCCGCUCCACCUGAAGACCCCUUCUACCUGAGUCUUGGCAGCAAUGGGUCUCUUUGCUCCCUAAACGGAUUUGAUUUGCCCGUGGUGCUGAAAAACAACAACGGGUCAUAUCCUCCCCUCCAACUACCCCCUGCACUCACAACGCCCCCUACAGGCAGUGGCAAAAACGCUGUCAUGAUCCUGAAUGAGCUUCGGCCAGGUCUGAAGUAUGAGUUUGUGGCUGAGAGCGGUGAAAGCCAUGCCAAGAACUUUACAAUGGCAGUUACCGUAGAUAGUCAGAUGUUCCAAGGCUCCGGACGGAAUAAAAAGCUGGCGAAAGCGAGGGCGGCCCAAGCGGCUCUGUCAGGGCUUUUUAACAUGCAACUGGACCAGACACCGUCCCGACAGCCAAUCCCCAGAGAGGGACUUCAGCUACACCUGCCUCAGGUCCUCGCGGAUGCUGUUUCCCGUUUAGUUGUGGAAAAGUUCAGUGAGCUGACGGAUAACUUCACGUCUCCACAUGCACGGCGGAAAGUCCUUGCGGGUGUUGUCAUGACAACUGGUACGGAUGUGAAGGAUGCUCAGGUAAUAUGCGUCAGCACGGGAACCAAGUGUAUAAAUGGGGAGUACAUGAGUGAUCGAGGACUGGCCCUUAACGACUGCCACGCUGAGAUCAUCGCACGUCGCUGCCUCAUCAGAUACCUGUACAGUCAGCUGGAAUACUUCCUCAGCGACAGCACUGAGGAACAUGAGAAAUCCAUAUUCAGAUGGUGUAGUGAACAUGGCUACCAGCUAAAAGACGAUAUUCAGUUCCAUCUGUACAUCAGCACAUCGCCCUGCGGAGAUGCCCGGAUCUUUUCCCCUCACGAGGCUGGAGUCGAGGACCAGGGUGACCGACAUCCGAACCGCAAAGCCCGCGGACAACUGCGAACCAAGAUUGAGUCUGGAGAAGGGACAAUACCAGUUCGUACGAGUAACACCAUUCAGACCUGGGAUGGAGUGUUGCAGGGAGAACGACUGCUAACCAUGUCGUGUAGUGACAAGAUUGCCAGAUGGAACAUGAUCGGAGUGCAGGGGUCUCUUCUGAGUCACUUUACAGAACCCAUCUAUUUCUCCAGUUUAAUUUUGGGAAGUCUGUACCACGCAGACCAUCUUUCCAGAGCCGUGUACCAGCGCAUUGCAGACAUGGAUGAUUUGCCCAAACCAUUUGCCCUCAACAGACCUCUUCUUAGUGGUAUUAGUAACACAGAAGCAAGGCAACCUGGGAAAGCACCAAACUUCAGCAUCAACUGGACAGUCGGAGAUCAGGGUUUGGAGAUCAUUAAUGCCACCACAGGAAAAGAUGAUCUCGGAAGACCGUCUCAUCUCUGUAAACGCGCCCUUUAUAGUCGCUGGGUCGGUCUACAUGCCAAGCUCAGUGAAACUCUACGGAUCCAAGGAUCCCGGCAAGGCUCCUACCACGACGCAAAACAAGCAGCAGUGGAAUAUCACAAUGCCAAACAGACUCUCUUCGAAGCUUUCUACAGAGCGGGACUUGGAGCAUGGGUUGAAAAACCCAUCGAACAAGACCAGUUUUCCCUUACCUCUUAAGAUAAACAGAGAGAAAAGGAUUGUCUGCAAGAGAUCUUUUGUACAUCAGCAUGGAAUGCAAGGUUUUAAUCUAACCUCUACAGUUGUUAUAUUUUUGCCUCCGUUAUUACUAAGAAUUGCAUGGUUUCUUUUAUCUGUUGAAAACGGUUGUGUUCACUUCAAAAAUGGCUUGGUUAAAAAAAAAUGCUGAAAACUUGGUGCUAGGUAAAAGGUGGACAAUACCUUGCACUAAACCAAACCAGGUGACUUUCACGGUUCUGGCUUCAUUUUACCAAAAUGUACUGAUAGACAUAUCUGUUAUAUAAGAAAAACAUCUGAUACCGAUAGUAGGUACUUCUAGUACCAGUGGUGGUACUGUGCUUUUAGCCACCUUUUUAAACACCCUAAUAUACAUUACAUAACUUCAAAUGCAUUUUAUUUUUACAUUUAGCUAACUUAAGGUGCUUAAAUAACAGUCAAGCUGUGAUAAGUGAGGGAUACUGCACAGCUACCUGAGUAUUCAGACAGACCAUGGUAUAUAGAAAAUGAAGUGCUAUAAACAAGCCUCCCAUUGAUGGGACAUAAUUAGCUGUUUAAAUAAUAAGCCGAUUUCUAUUAACUCCAAUAGUUACAAAUACAGGCCAACAGCAGUAAUUGCUAAAAACAAAAUUAAAUUAAAUAAGCUAAAAAUAAUCCAACAAAAUUACCCAACAGGCUUUGGGUAAAGUGAAAACCCAGUGUUUUUUGCUUGCUUGUUUUUUAAUAGUUAUAAAUGUAUUUUUUAUGUACAUGUUUUUGUCUAAAACCACAAGUUCUUGUUUGAUAUUAAGAAUGUGAUGCCAUUUUAUUGAAAACAAUAAAGACUGCAUUGUAUCAUCAGAAAUCGAAGUUAAUCAGGUGGCAAUUGGGGAAGAUUUGUUUCGUAAAAAACGAAAAACUCAAAAGUUUGAUCAUCUGUGAUUUUUCAGUCAUUGUAAUUAUGUACACACUAAUUUACAAUGUUACAGAUUCCAGAAAAUUGCUUUAGAUUUUACACUGAUUACUUUGUUCUUGCCUCAAAUGGCUGUUUUAUGUGCAUUUGUGUUCCUCUUUGCAUGUCAUCCAUGAAGUACACAGGACCGUAGUGUGUUCACUUUACAAUUUAGAAGGGUGCUUUGUAGCCGUAGUGCACUAAUGUCGAAGCACUAAUGUGAACUUCACAGUGGGUUUCAACUCAACAGUCUAUGCUGCAUUAUGUCACCAAAGUGACUGAGAGCAACAUUUAGGACCAGGCCGUUAUUAUUUAGUUUGACGUAGCUCAGCAGGAGCUCUAGAAUCAUGGCAAACUCUAGAACUCAACCUAGAGCUUGUCCUGGAAAAUUCCCAUGAUGUUCCCAAUGUGUUCUGCCGUUCAGGAUGCUCUUUGUUGUCCGAGUCCCGCUUGGAUUAGUUUUGAACUGGUUCAAGAAGUUGCUUUAAGUGCUGCGUCUAAGCAAAGACUCGAAAGCUGCAUGAGUAUUCACAUAAGAAGAAAAGUAUAAAGGGAACUGUACUGUAAGAAAAUAAAAUGAUCACAUUUUUGUGUAUACUGUUCUCUUUGAAUUUGGUCUGUCAAACUUUUGGUUCAUGUUUUCUAACAUUCCCCAAUAAUAAUAAUUGCAUAAUUUUCUCUUAUAAUCCUGAAAGUCAUACUUAAUUUCCAAAAAACUGUAUUUUGUGCAAUUGCACUGACUUUUGAGAGCUUGAACGUUUUUUUUAAAUACCCAAACAAUUUGAUAGACUUGGUGAGGGAUUAAUAACACAUGAUCAGUAUUCUGUGCGUUCUUAAGAACAAAAGAGUGGAUUCGUUUCUGGAAUUCAAAUUCCACUAAAUUAUGAUCUUUUGUUUACCUGCAAUAGCGACAUGCUAAAUGAAGCGAUUAGCAGUGUGAUAAUCGCAGUGACUAGAGGGAAAUUAUGUUUAUCUGAGCUCGUUGUGCCGGAUUGGUCUUUGAACAAUGGCACUUUCAGCUAAAGUGCUUUUAUACGUGCCUCCUUUAAUUCCCAUUCUAGAGUGUUUCUCCUCUUUUUCUCUUUUUACAUUACCAUUUAUCCGUUUGAGGGCUGAAGCCCCUUGUUUCGCUGAAGACUGCAAGAACUUUUAAAAGCAAAAAAUUCUGGAGUUUCUGGCCUCAGUCAUGAACCCUGGAUUUGAACAAAUAUUUGUAUUACAUUUACAUUUAUGCAUUUGGCAGAAUUAUUUGGAAAUAAUUUCGUGAAGUUUCAAUAACGGUAAUUUCCUAAACAUUUCAAGCAGUACUGUAGUACUAAAAUGUAAUGAACAU